AAUAUUAUUGUGGGAUACAGUCUUCACUGCACAGUCCCUCGAAACGGCUCUCCGUACGCGUAACAAGGCGCUAGAAUAGUUUGCGGUAUCAUAUUCUGGAUGCAUGCGACGUUGAUCUUCUUAUGUGGUUUUUCGGUCAUGUAUUUUUUUUGUAGUGUAGGCUACAUUAUGUGCAUAUCGAGAAUAUUUUAAUCUCUUCCGUAUUUCUGGCUGUCUGGAUUUGGGAGUCUACAGAUAACUGUAGCCACUUUUUGAUCAAGGCUUCGAAUAUUUCCUUUUGAUAGCACAAUUGGGGAAACAUUUUGAUAUUCUUACGUGGAUAUACUUGGACUUUUUCACGGUUUCAACCUAGUUGGGUGAAGGGACAGUUUUUCAAUCCACGCACAUCGCUCCCGUUGCAGUGUUUCGUUCUGCACGGUUCGAUAGUAUCCUAUAAACUUGACCAGAGCAUUUUCUCAGAAAUACACUUUUCGUUUGAUCUGAUGUAUUGCGCGGCGCAGUGCAUGUUUAUAAGUACGAUGUAUUAUUCUUAAAAACUAGGAUUGUGGAGGUCAUUAUCAGUGCCAAUCAUAAUGGCAAACGACGACAACCGCUGUAUAGUGGAAAAGUACAUUUGUCACAAACUCUUGAAAAGGGGAUAUGCGUGGGAUUUCGAAAAUGCCGAGGAUGAGGAAGAUGCUGAUAAUAAUGGGUCAAUGAUUUCUCCUCCGCCUGGUUUGGCACGGCGGUGCCACGGGGCCAAUAACGCCAGAUCGGGCAGCGUCCCCCAUCUUUCCAAACGGCUCUCCCAAACGGACCCGCAUGCAGCUAUUCACAGAGUUUUGCGUGAGGCCGGGGACGAACUCGAACGACUGUACCAGCCCGACUUUGCGGAGAUGUCACACCAAUUGUAUCUCACGUCUUCUAUGGCAGAAAGGAGAUUCAGAGAGGUGAUAGACGAGCUGUUCAGGGACGGGGUUAACUGGGGACGAAUUGUCGCCUUCUUCGAGUUCGGGGGCACAAUAUGUGUGGAAUGCGUGAACAAGGAAAUGACGUCGCAGGUUGACCACAUCGCCGGGUGGAUGACGGAGUAUCUAAAUGGACCGCUGCACAGCUGGAUUCAAGAGAACGGGGGAUGGGAGGCCUUUGUUGAGCUCUAUGACAGACAGAGGGACUCCGUGUUCUGUUCGUGGCCGUCCAUCAAGACUGUCUUUGGCCUGGCUGCACUGGGGGCCGCAAGCCUUACCAUCGGAGCUUACCUUACACAGAAGUGAAGGAGUCCCCCUCUCUCUCUCUUUCUUUUUGUCCUCCCUCCCGCUCUCACUCCUUUCUCUUUUCAAAGGCCCCCUCCAAGAUCCCCAACCUGCCUGUCUUCAAAGCUUCUCUCCCCGUUCUCGAAAAAACAUCCCUCUUCCUCACUUAAAAAACAGGCACAAAUCAAACAACAGCAGGAAACGGAGUCACUGCCCACACAGACGAAAAUAUGUCAUGAAAGUUGUGCCAUUUAACUGUCAUCACAAAAAGUUUGGCUUGAAAAGAGACGAGAGGAAGGGAGGGUUGGUGUCGUUUUUGUUCUGCCUGCUUGAGUACUAGUUGUAGCAUGAAACCUUUGUGUGCUCGUGUAGACUUGUGUAGCAUGUGUCGGUGAGGCAAAAGAAAGCAUAGACACUCUUAGAAAAAGGGUUCCAAAAUGGUUACUCGACUGUCCCCAUAGGAGAACCCUUUUUGGUUUCAGGUAGAACCGUUUGGUGUUCCAUGUAGAACCCUCUGUGGAAAGGAUUCUACAUGGAACCCCACAUUUUUUUUCAAAAGGUUCCGCUAUGGGGACUCCCUUCAACCCGCCUUCAAAGGACUUCCUCCACACAACAGCUGCUCUGAAUGUAUAAUGGAAGGAGCUCUAACCAGCACGGUGUGUCUGUCCACCCACCGCUUCUACACUGCAAUAUACCAGGAUACCAGGAGCAUGACAACUCUGAACACAGAACCGUUAGUUACACACACCAGCUCUGACAACACGUCUUCUAGGCGCCACAGACGCAACUUGCUCUGCAGAGAUCUUAGAGAGAUCUGUUGGACAAUGCAGUAGAGUCACUUUUUUUGCAUUUGACCCAUAUGAAAUGUAAUAAGAGAAAGAUCGAGGGAGGUAUUAAAGAGAGAAUAGAGGGAGGUAUUAAAGAGAGAAUAGAGGGAGG